UGGCGGCGCGCGCACCGGACCAGCCCAGGCUCUCCACUCGGGCGGGCGGGCCGGCGGGCUCGCGGCUGGGUUCGCCCCGCCCCCGGCGUCGCAGCUGGGCGCUUGCGCGGGGCGCGUGGCCGUGGCCGGGGUCUCCGCCGCAGCCGGUGCCGCCGCCGCCGCCUCAGUCAGUCAGUCAGUCCCCAGCAAUGGCGGAAGGAGGUGAGCGAGAGGAGCUGCCCUCGCUCCCGCCGGUCUCCCCGGCCAAGCGGCUGUGCUCGUGGCGCAGCCCGCAGGCGAAUCCUCGCGGUUCUCCCGGGGCAGCCAACGGCGGGGCGGGGGGCGUCGGCGGCAGCUGCCUGGCCCCGGGGGCCCGCCCCCACCUGCAGCCCGAGUCCUUGCUGGACUGCGCUGCCAAGACGGUGGCGGAAAAGUGGGCGUACGAGCGGGUGGAGGAGCGCUUCGAGCGGAUCCCGGAGCCCGUGCAGCGCCGCAUCGUCUACUGGUCCUUCCCGCGGAAUGAGCGGGAGAUCUGCAUGUACUCCAGCUUCCAGUACCGGGGCGGCCCCGGCGCCGGCUCGGCGGGCGGCGCGGCGGGGGCUCUGCCGGCCGAGGAGGGGCCGCCGCCACCACCCGGGGCCGCCGCUCCGGCCGGCCCCGCCCCCGGGCUCGCCGCGGCGGGGACGUCCCCCGGGCUGGGCGCGGGGGCCGGCGUGGUGGGCGGCGGCGGCGGCGGCGAGGGGCUGCCGUUCCGCCGGGGCAUCCGUCUGCUGGACAGCGGCGCGGUGGAGAACGUGCUGCAAGUCGGCUUCCAUCUCAGUGGCACAGUAACUGAGCCAGCCACUACUUCGGAACCAGCAGUGACUUAUAAAGUUGCAAUCAGCUUUGAUCGAUGCAAAAUCACUUCAGUGACAUGUGGCUGUGGAAACAAGGACAUAUUCUACUGUGCUCAUGUGGUAGCACUUUCACUCUACAGGAUUCGUAAACCAGACCAAGUUAAAUUGCGCCUUCCUAUCUCAGAGACCCUUUAUCAGAUGAACAGGGACCAGCUACAAAAGUUUAUUCAAUAUUUAAUCACAGCACACCACACGGAAGUUCUUCCAACUGCACAGAAACUGGCAGAUGAGAUUCUUUCCUCCAAUUCAGAAAUCAAUCAAGUAAAUGGUGCCCCAGACCCCACAGCUGGGGCCAGCAUUGAUGAUGAGAAUUGUUGGCAUUUGGAUGAAGAACAGGUGAAAGAACAAGUGAAACUCUUUCUCUCUCAGGGUGGUUACUAUGGCUCUGGAAAACAGCUGAAUUCAAUGUUUGCCAAGGUUCGAGAGAUGCUGCGGAUGAGAGAUUCCAAUGGAGCCAGGAUGCUGACCCUAAUAACUGAACAGUUUAUGGCUGACCCACGACUUACUCUCUGGAGACAGCAAGGAACGAGCAUGACAGAUAAGUGCAGGCAACUCUGGGAUGAGUUAGGUGCCUUAUGGGUGUGCAUCAUUUUAAAUCCACAUUGCAAACUGGAGGAGAAAUCCUGCUGGCUGCAGCAACUGCAGAAAUGGAAUGACCUGGAUGUCUGUCCCCUGGAGGAUGGGAACUAUGGGCAUGAAUUGCCCAACAUCACCAAUGCACUUCCUCAGAAUGCUGAUCACAGCCCAGACUCCUUAUCCAGACCAAAACGAACAGUGUUCACUAGAGCCAUCGAGGGCCGUGAAUUGCACUGGCAGGACAGCCACUUACAGCGAAUAAUCAGCAGCGAUGUAUAUACAGCUCCUGCCUGCCAGCGGGAAAGUGAGCGACUCCUCUUUAAUUCCCAGGGCCAGCCACUGUGGCUUGAGCAUGUGCCCACAGCUUGUGCUCGAGUUGAUGCUUUGCGUUCCCACGGUUAUCCAAAAGAGGCCCUCAGACUCACUGUGGCCAUUAUCAAUACUCUGAGGUUACAGCAGCAGCGACAGUUGGAAAUCUACAAACAUCAGAAGAAAGAACUGUUGCAGAGAGGCACCACAACCAUCACAAACCUGGAAGGCUGGGUGGGCCACCCGCUGGAUCCCAUUGGCUGCCUGUUUCUCACUUUGACUGAGGCCUGCCGCCUGAAUGAUGAUGGCUAUCUGGAAGUGUCAGAUAUGAAUGAAAGCAGAGCUCCUGUGUAUCAGCAUGUACCUGUGACUCCAGACUGCCCAAGCAGCAGUGAAUCCUACCUGUCUUUGGCCCUAGAAGUUGCCCUGAUGGGGAUGGGUCAGCAGAGAGUGAUGCCUGAGGGCCUCUAUACACAGGACAAAGUUUGCCGUAAUGAGGAGCAACUCUUAAGUAAACUCCAAGAACUGCAGCUGGACAAUGAGCUAGUGCAAACACUGAAGAAACAGUGCAUCUUACUACUGGAAGGAGGCCCUUUCAGUGGUCUGGGAGAAGUCAUUCAUCGAGAGAGUGUUCCCAUGCAUACCUUUGCUAAGUAUUUGUUCUCAGCUCUGCUGCCUCACGAUCCUGACCUGUCCUAUAAAUUAGCCUUACGUGCCAUGAGGUUACCUGUUCUAGAAAACUCAGCUUCUGCAGGGGACACUUCCCAUCCUCACCACAUGGUGUCUGUGGUGCCCAGUCGUUAUCCUCGAUGGUUCACGCUUGGACACUUGGAAUCACAGCAGUGUGAACUGGCCUCUACCAUGCUGACUGCUGCCAAAGGGGACACCCUGAGGCUCCGAACAAUCCUGGAAGCAAUACAGAAGCACAUCCAUUCUUCCUCCCUCAUCUUCAAACUGGCCCAAGAUGCUUUCAAGAUCGCCACUCCCACGGACAGCAGUACUGACAGCACCCUGCUCAAUGUCGCCCUGGAGCUGGGCUUACAGGUGAUGAGGAUGACCUUGUCAACGCUUAACUGGAGGCGCCGGGAGAUGGUGCGGUGGCUGGUAACAUGUGCUACAGAAGUAGGUGUUCGGGCCCUGGUGAGCAUCCUGCAAAGCUGGUACACACUCUUCACCCCCACCGAGGCCACGAGCAUUGUGGCGGCCACCGCCGUGUCCCACACCACCAUCCUGCGCCUCAGCCUUGACUACCCGCAGCGGGAGGAGCUGGCCAGCUGUGCCCGCACCCUGGCCUUGCAGUGCGCUAUGAAGGAUCCCCAGAGCUGUGCGCUGUCGGCCCUCACUCUCUGUGAGAAAGACCACAUCGCCUUCGAGGCAGCCUACCAGAUAGCCAUUGACGCUGCUGCCGGCGGCAUGACGCAUUCGCAGCUCUUCACCAUCGCCCGCUAUAUGGAGCUCCGUGGCUACCCGCUACGUGCCUUCAAGCUGGCCUCGCUGGCCAUGAGCCACCUCAACCUGGCCUACAACCAGGACACCCACCCGGCCAUCAACGACGUGCUCUGGGCCUGUGCCCUGAGCCACUCUCUGGGCAAGAACGAGCUGGCGGCUCUCAUCCCCCUGGUGGUGAAGAGUGUGCACUGCGCCACCGUGCUCUCAGACAUCCUUCGGCGCUGCACGGUGACCGCGCCCGGCCUGGCGGGCAUCCCCGGCCGCCGCAGCUCCGGGAAGCUCAUGUCCACCGACAAAGCCCCGCUGCGCCAGCUGCUGGACGCCACCAUCAAUGCCUACAUCAACACCACACACUCACGCCUGACCCACAUCAGCCCUCGCCACUACGGAGAGUUCAUUGAGUUUCUGAGCAAGGCUCGGGAGACCUUCCUGCUCCCCCAGGACGGCCACCUGCAGUUCGCCCAGUUCAUCGACAACCUCAAGCAAAUCUACAAGGGCAAGAAGAAGCUGAUGCUGCUGGUGCGGGAGCGCUUUGGCUGAGCACGCCAACAGCCACUGCCGGGCCCGCCUGGGCGCCCAGAUCCCACCCAGUCAGGCCAAGGACACAGAAACAUCUGUCCCCCUGAGAGGAUUCUGAGCACUUGUGGCUGAAGCCAGAGGGCCCCAGGUCUAGGCACAAGAGAGUCCAGUAUGCCAAUCCGCCUGCCUUGGCAAGGCCCCGACGGCAGCCGGCUGUUCCCAGAGGAGCUGGGCCCUGCAGAGAGACAGAAACCCCACAACAUGCCACCUCGCGCCCCUCUAGCCUGCGUGCCCUGGGCAGCGGCCCUUCUCCCCUGGCAAACACAGAACACUGUUCCUCCUCAGGGAUUGCUUAACCAGAGAAACAGGACAUAUACAGUCUUGUAAUAUACUAGAGUAUAUGUGUUGCCAAUUACAUUGCAAAGUUGUAACUAUUUAUAAUUCCGGUUUUAAUUUGAUGGGUACUUGAAGUAGCUGUGGGUGGAAAGAUAGGCUUGUUUUCUGAGGAGACUCAAUCAUUUCUCAGGUUUCCCUUGCAGAGUAUAAUGCAGUUGGCAGUGGAAGAAUGGGGUUGCAGGGAGAAAAAAAAAUGGCUGGUUAGAAUAAACCGCCAAGUCUAGUCUGUGCCAAAACCCCGCCUGCAUGACCAGGAAUCGCUAGCCCAGUGGCAGGUGGAGGCCUUUGGGCUGAGCCCAGCACUGGACUUAGACUUUUGCCUCACGAAGCCAUGAGGACCCUGAAGUUCUUGCCUCUGCCUCACACAGCCUCACCGGGAGCCUGCAGGGCUUCCAAGAAACUAGUGCAGGAAAAGGGUAAAGGUGAGGGAGGCCACAGAGCUCAUAAUAUUCAUAUACUCUGGUCACCUU